AUGGCGCAGCCUUCGUCGCAAGCGUCGCCCUCCUCGUCCUCAGUAAACGCAACCUCGCACCCGGGCCCGACCGGUAAUCCUCUCACGUCGCAGCAGCAGAAGCAGUCCCCUGUGAUCAGACCGUCAUCGAUCAGCACUUCCGCCAUAUCCUCCGCAUCCACCACCCCACUGCCUACGCCGCGCAAAGAGUCGUCAUCCCUCAAUCCCUCGCCUUCCGUCUCCAAACGAUCGAGCUUCGCAGAGAACCUCAACACACGACCGUACCCUGGCUCGCCGCGAGCGCAGCGCACCCACUCCUUCUCAGGCCAAGCUCUGACAGAGCUCCUCAUGCAUCCCUCGAAUAAGCUCAAUGGCGCAGACGAGAGGUUCAAAGGCAGAGAUUGGCGGACAAUUCAAGUGCACGAGAUCAUAGACCCGAAUGAGACGCGCUUCGUCGAGUUGGACACUAGCAUCGAGGACACGACCAAGCUGCUUGUCAGGUCAGGCGCGCCGAAUGUGGUGCUGGUGCGAGAGUCAAGAAAGACGAAGACUGCUAUUGGUACUUUCGACUUCUCCGACCUCAAUGCCUACCUGCUGCUCGUGCUGGGCAUCACCCAACCAGAUGAGGACGCCGUCCAUAUCGCGGAGAAAGCUCGCAGUGGAGAAGCCAUCCCGCUGAAGGACAUUCAGCAUCAUCUUGGAGGACAUGAAGAGCCUGCGUUUAUCCCUUCCAAUGCCACCCUGUCCCAGGCUAUGGAGAUAUUGGGCGGCGGACACCACAGGGUCGUGAUGAAUAAAGAGGGCACCAGCGAGGCGGUGGGUGUUCUGAGCCAACUGCGGCUAGUGAGGUUCUUCUGGGAUAACCAUACCAACUUCGCCGCGACCGAGAAGUUGUAUCAGUUGACGUUGAAGGAGCUGCAACUUGGAGCAAAAGAGGUGCUUGCCAUUAACGGCGACAAGCCACUUGCGGAUGCUCUGAGACUUAUGCAUAGUGAGGGCAUCACAUCUCUACCAGUUCUCGAUCAGCAACGCAAUGUCGUGGGCAACAUCAGCCAUGUUGACGUGCGGCUCCUCACAGACACCUCCGCCAUCCCUCUUCUUUCCGGCACUUGCAUUCACUUCAUCUCCGUCAUCUUGUCUGAGCGAGGCAUGAUGGAUGGCAAGGACUCAUAUCCUGUCUUCCAUGUCACCCAUUGGAGCACACUGGCCCAUACCGUAGCGAAGCUCUGUGCAACGCGCUCCCAUCGGAUGUGGAUCGUGGACGCCCCUUCGCCAAACACCAGCGUACCGCCAUCGCCAGGACCACAUCACGCAGCGCCUUCGCCGAGCUCACAUCACAGCAGCCCCAACAUUCAGCACAACACUCCCAUCACUACGCCGUCACGACAAGGCUCGGUGAAUGAGCAAAUGACGCCCGGACCGCCGUAUACCAGCGUUAAUCCAGGUGUCUCGAUCUCAUCUGGGCAGCUCCCUGGUGCUACUAUGAGUGGCAGAUUGUCGGGUGUCGUAUCACUGACCGACAUUCUGAACCUCUUUGCACGAGCAAGCGGGCUGCACCCAGGAGACCCGGAAGAGACCCGUCGGCGGCGAAGACAGAGCAGCAGCUCAAGCGUACGGCCGAGCUUUGACGGCGGUCGUCCUAGCAUGGAGAGCUUGCGGGUCAGCCAAGAUCUGUCUAAGAGUCAGACUGAGCUGUCAAGAAGCAUCGAGCAGCUGGGACGGAGCUCGAGCAAGUCCUCCAUGUCAGGGAGGAGGUAG